AUGGAGAUCAGAACCAAGUUUUCACGUAGUCUGCUAGGAGCCUUCCUUCUCCUUUCUUCACUUCUUCCAUUAUCUUUGUCACACUCGAGCGAUGAAGUUCCUUCCCAAGUGUUAUCCAGACGUCUGCUUACACAAACUCCUAGUGGUGCAGUUCGACAAUAUCUAAUCCCCCACAACAUUCUAAGAGCAUAGCGUAGGCCCCCUCGUCUAAAAUGGAGCAAAAAGCUUGCAAAUUUUGCAUCCUGGUGGGCACAUAAGAGGCAAGGUGACUGUGCUUUGAUUCAUUCAAAUAGCAAUUAUGGGGAGAAUCUCUCCUGGGGUAGCGGCAAGGAUUGGUAACCAGGCGAUGCAGUUGCGGCAUGGGCGGCAGAGAAAAGUAACUACAACUAUAAUUCUAAUACUUACACGAAAAACAGAGACUGCCUGCAUUAUACUCAGCUAAUUUGGAGGAAUAGCUUGAAGAUUGGGUGUGCCAAAGUUGUGUGUAAGAGUGCAGACACUCUGACCGCAUGUAAUUAUGAUCCCCAUGGUAAUGUGAUAGGCCAGAAGCCAUUCUGA